AUGAUAGAGAAGUGCAUAGGAACGCAUCGGUUUCGGAGAUUACAGAGGUUCUUGCGUCAAGGGAAGGUGACGCUUCUCUGCCUCGUCCUCACCGUCGUCGUCAUGCGUGGCAUAAUCGGAGCCGGUAAAUUCGGUACGCCGGAGCAAGACAUCGAGGAGAUCCGCGAGCAUUUCUUCUACACGCGCAAACGCGCCGAGCCUCACCGCGUCCUCGUCGAGGUCUCAACCAAAACGACGUCGUCGUCAGAAGACGGAAAUGGGAACAACUACGAGACCUUCGACAUCAACAAGAUAUUCGUCGACGAAGGAGACGAAGAGAAAUCCGAAGACCGGACUAAUAAACCGUAUUCGCUCGGUCCCAAGAUCUCCGAUUGGGACGAGCAGAGGCGUGAUUGGCUCAAGCAAAACCCGAAUUUCCCGAAUUUCGUGGCGCCAAGCAAGCCCAGGGUGCUGCUCGUCACCGGUUCAGCUCCUAAACCGUGCGAGAAUCCGGUUGGAGACCAUUACCUAUUGAAAUCGAUAAAGAACAAAAUCGAUUACUGUCGAAUUCACGGAAUCGAGAUCUUCUACAACAUGGCUCUGCUCGAUGCUGAGAUGGCUGGGUUCUGGGCUAAGCUUCCGUUGAUUCGGAAGCUGCUCUUGUCUCAUCCUGAGAUCGAGUUUCUGUGGUGGAUGGACAGUGACGCCAUGUUCACGGAUAUGGUUUUCGAGCUUCCAUGGGAGAGGUACAAGGAUUACAACCUCGUGAUGCAUGGCUGGAACGAGAUGGUUUACGACCAGAAGAAUUGGAUUGGUUUGAAUACUGGAAGCUUCCUGCUUCGGAACUCUCAGUGGGCGCUGGAUCUGCUCGACGCUUGGGCUCCGAUGGGCCCGAAAGGGAAGAUCCGAGAAGAAGCGGGUAAAAUCCUGACCCGGGAGCUGAAAGACCGACCCGCGUUCGAAGCGGACGAUCAGUCGGCGAUGGUUUAUCUGCUGGCGACGGAGAGAGAGAAAUGGGGAGGCAAAGUGUAUCUGGAGAGUGGUUACUACUUGCACGGUUAUUGGGGGAUUUUGGUGGACCAGUACGAGGAGAUGAUCGAGAAUCACAAACCGGGUUUCGGGGACCAUCGCUGGCCGCUCGUGACGCAUUUCGUCGGGUGUAAACCGUGCGGGAAAUUCGGAGAUUAUCCGGUGGAAAGGUGUCUCCGGCAGAUGGAUAGAGCGUUUAACUUCGGAGACAAUCAGAUCCUUGAGAUGUAUGGGUUCACGCAUAAGUCGCUUGGGAGCCGGCGCGUGAAACCCACGCGAAACCAGACGGAUAGGCCGCUCGAUGACAAGGACGAGUUUGGGCUGCUUCAUCCGCCGUUCAAAGCGGUCAAGCUCACCACCACCACGACUACGACGACGUGA